GCCGUCCCGCCCCUCCCUUUCCCGUGGCCCCUGUUCCUUAGAAACCAGGCGGCGCGUUCCCGGUGGCGGCGCGCUAGACUCUGGUGCCCGCGCAUCCCCGCCAGCCUCCGUCAAGGAGAACUGGUGGCCGCCGAGACCCGUCCGGACCCAUGGUAUCCAGUGCGACGCGGGGCGGGCGAUGCCAGCGUGCCAGGAGUCAUGUCUGACCAGGACUGUGGGAAGGUCGUAUCCAUGCUGGAGGCUCUUGUGAGGAGAUGAGUUGGUGAAGAGAGAGGCCGGGAUGAAGAUGCUGCCAGGAGUGGGCGUGUUCGGGACUGGCAGCUCCGCCCGGGUUCUGGUCCCACUGCUGAGGGCAGAAGGGUUCACCGUUGAGGCCCUGUGGGGGAAGACUGAGGAGGAGGCAAAGCAGCUUGCUGAGGAGAUGAACAUCACCUUCUACACCAGCCGAACUGAUGACGUCUUGCUGCAUCAAGACGUGGAUCUGGUGUGCAUCAACAUCCCCCCUCCACUCACCCGGCAGAUAUCUGUGAAAGCUCUAGGUAUUGGGAAGAAUGUAGUUUGCGAGAAGGCAGCAACAUCAGUGGAUGCCUUCCGGAUGGUGACGGCCUCACGCUACUACCCACAGUUGAUGAGCCUGGUGGGGAACGUGCUGCGCUUCCUGCCUGCCUUCGUGCGCAUGAAGCAGCUGAUCGCAGAGCACUAUGUGGGAGCAGUGAUGAUCUGCGAUGCCCGCAUCUACUCAGGCAGCCUGCUAAGCCCCAGCUACGGCUGGAUCUGUGAUGAGCUCAUGGGCGGUGGGGGCCUGCACACCAUGGGCACCUACAUCGUGGACCUGCUGACCCACCUGACCGGUCGGAGAGCUGAGAAGGUGCACGGGCUGCUCAAGACCUUCGUGAGGCAGAACGCUGCCAUCCGUGGCAUCCGACAUGUCACCAGUGAUGACUUCUGUUUCUUCCAGAUGCUCAUGGGUGGGGGUGUGUGUAGCACAGUGACACUCAACUUCAACAUGCCAGGCGCCUUUGUGCAUGAGGUCAUGGUGGUGGGCUCUGCAGGACGCCUUGUUGCCCGGGGAGCUGACCUUUACGGACAGAAGAACUCGGCCACACAAGAAGAGCUGCUACUAAGGGACUCGCUGGCAGUGGGUGCUGGGCUUCCUGAACAGGGGCCCCAGGACGUCCCACUGCUCUAUCUGAAGGGCAUGGUCUAUAUGGUGCAGGCAUUGCGCCAGUCCUUCCAGGGGCAGGGGGACCGCCGCACCUGGGACCGCACCCCUGUCUCCAUGGCUGCCUCAUUCGAGGAUGGGCUGUACAUGCAGAGUGUGGUGGAUGCCAUCAAGAGGUCGAGCCGGUCUGGGGAGUGGGAGACCGUGGAGGUGCUGACAGAGGAGCCCGACACCAACCAGAACCUGUGCGAGGCGCUUCAGCGGAAUAACCUCUGAGUCUGCACCUGGGCUCCCUGCCACAGGGCAAAGGGACCAGGAGCUGUUACGUGAUGGGGGAGCUUGGCUGUAGCAAAACGGUGUCUUUCAUUUAAUGAGUUGGCUGGGGCUGGGUGAAGCCAAAGGUGGCCCUGGGAGAGCACCUGCUCCAGCAGCUCAUUUACUCCUCAGACUUGCAGGGUGACGAGCAUUCCUGUCACCAUGGUUCAGAGGGCUAGCACAGUUAUGCUAGUGAGCAAGGCCAGCAAAAGCUUGACUUGUGGGCUCAUCAGCCUGAGUUGUGGUCCUGACAGGAUGAUGAGAAAGCACAACAGGAGCCAGCUGGGCUGAUCCUGAGGCCUGAGGAGAAAUGACAAGAAGCCUUGCUUGUGUCCAUGCCCUUCCUGGGCUGGGGCAUCUCAGGAAUGGUGAGGGCACCAAGUCAUCCCUCAGGGAUCCUCACCUGCCCUCCCAUGUGACCAGGCCCUCCAGCCUCCAGGCCGACCCUUCCUGGAUAGGGAGCAGAGGGGAUUUCUUUAUUAGGUGAGCUGACAGGGGCUUUUGACCUAGGGAAGAGGGCCCCUGAUUUGGCAAACAGGAGGCCA